UCGUUGCCAUACUUGAGUUGGAAAGAAGCAUUCGAUUCAACGUAACAGAAUUAAAAACUUAUAAGAAUGCUUAAAAUAACAAAACUGAUUGCUCGAAAUGCAAACGUCGCCAAUUUAACGGGCAGUCGUCACAUGCUUCCACGUUUGUUUGCCAAUGCCGCUGCCGCUGAGGAGGCAAACACAACAACAACAGGAGAAAAUGCCGAUGAACCAAUUGACAUAGCGAAUCCCUUUGAAAAGGAUCCUCAGCAGUGCAUAUUGUGCAAGCACAACAUUACUCCAAACUACAAGAACGUAAAGCUGCUUUCGCAGUUUCAAUCGCCGUAUACAGGUCGCAUUUACGGCCGCCACAUUACCGGGUUAUGCAAGCAGAAGCAGGAGGACGUCGAGCAGGCAAUUCACCGUGCCCAGCACUGUCUGCUGAUGCCCGGAUACCACAAGGAUGUGGAAUUCCUGCACGAUCCCAAGCUCUUCGACCCCGAGAAGCCCGUGCGACCACAUAAAUAUUAGAAAUCUUGUUUAAUUUGCCAUUUGUUUUUACCGCAGUGAAAUACAUUUUACUGCUUCUUA